UCACACAGGCGGAAGAGAUACACAAAUGAGUCGUUAUGAACCCGCGUUACCGCUCGAUGCAAGCCAUUUUGAUCUACGGUGUCCACAGGUCGAUUUUAUAAGCGAACGUGUCGGUCGGAACCGGUACCAGAACCACGCAGCUUGAUCAAAAUGAAGGUACUACUCAUUGCUGCAAUUCUCUUGGUUGGACUGUUGGCAAUGGGCAGCGAGGCCAUUCCAUCAAACCGCUGGUCCUGCUACAAGAAAGUCUUGAAGGACAGGGACUGUCGCAAUGUUGGCAUCUCCAACGGAGUUGCGACCAUGCGACCCAUCGAUUCCCUGCAGAACCAUUUCUGGGAGGGGAACAAAUGCGACAUGGUGUGCUACUGUAACUUCAGUGAGCUCCUCUGCUGCCCAAGGGAUGUCUUCUUUGGACCCAAAAUCUCCUUUAUAAUUCCAUGCAAAACCAUCUGAGCCAUCAGUCGUUUGAAUGGACAGUGAACACGGACGGUGCAAUCUUCUGAAUUGAAACAAGAGUAAAGAGUAAAUGGGGCCAAGGGGGAUGGGCCCAUCCAUUCCGGACUACAGAAUUACAUGCAUUUCAUUCUUCACUUGGAGACAGCUACAACAACGACAAGUUCAGAAGGCUGGAGCUAA